AAGCGAUUCUUGUGCCUCAGCCUCCCAAGCAGCUGGAACUACAGGCAUAUGCCACCACGCCUGGCUAGAGAAAAGGUCUUUAAGCAGAAGAAUGGUCAGAGUCACAAAACAUGGACUAAAGGUGGGGAGAAACCGCAGGGAGGCAGGGAGACCAGUUGAGAGGCUGUUGUUUAGGCAAAAGAGCAGGGCAGUGGCAGAAAGAGGAGGGCAGUGGCUGUUGUUUAGCCCAAUCUGAGGGCAGUGGCAGAAGGAUGGAGGGGGCGAGAGGUCAAGACUCCAAUUCUGGGGCCUCUUUGUCCCUGGCAGCAAAGCUGAGGCCAAAAGUUCCACAUCACUCAGUUCUGCUAGAACCUGGCACUCUGCCUCCCAUCCCCAACACACUCUAGGGUCUCUGCAAAUGGAGAAGGGAAGAUGGUGGGAGCAGGGAGGGAGAAUAGAGGAGGAGGAGGGGGAACACAGCCUGGGACUAGGGGAUGCUUAAGGAAUGGGGAGGCCCAAGCAGACCCACCUAGCCCCAGUCUAGCCCUACUGCUCCUCCUCUGGCCCUGCAGAGAAAGAGUUAAUCUGCUACACCUCCCUCCCCAACCUUCCCCUCCUCCCCUCAGGUCACCUUCUUGGCCCUGGAGACUUGGCUGGUGGCUCAAGUUCCUCAACCAGUGUCCCUGAGUAAUCAGAGCACAUAGAGGGACCAGGGGCCUGGGGGCAGGGAAUGGUAAAUUAGGGGCAGGGGAGCCUCGGAGACUGAGGCCGGGAGUCUGCAAGGCUGAGGGUUUGGUGGGAACCCCAAGUUGGUUCCCAAUACUGUCUACCUGACCCAGGUCCCCCUGCCCCACCCCCAGCACUGAUCUCAAUUUCUUCCAUCCACCAGAGAAUUCCUCGAACUCCUAAACUGUUGAGGGGUGCAGGGGGCAAGCUGAAAGGGGUAGUGGUGAUCUGCCAGGAAGCUUUCCCACUGCAGGAGACAGGGUCCCUCCCCUUAGUGCCGGGAACUGGUCAGAAAUGAGUCUGUGGUCAGUGAGAGACUGCUGCUAAUGGAACCUGGGCUGGCCCACAAGCCACAGGAGGGUAGGGGAGAGGAAAGGAACCAAAAUAGAGCUCAGCAUAGGGGGUGGGACUAGGGCUGGUAAUGCUGUCCUGAAGUAGAGCUGGGGCCAGGGAGGGAGGGGAAGAGAAAGAGGGUCAGGGACUGGAAUUGGAGGUCUGAGAGAGUGCCUGGUGGUGGGGCACGGAGGGGUUAAGGUAUCCCAGAGGAAUAACUGGAUGAAGGGAGAAUAAGGGAGAGGACCCAGAAUUGGGAUGCGGGCACUGAGGGACAUGAUGAGGAACAGACUGGAGGAUGACAGAGAGCAUGAGUAUGUGUUAUGUGUGUCCUGGGGGGUGGGGACUGUUGUCACUGCGAUCAUCAUGGCAGUGGGCGCAAAGGAUGGUGCCGGGUCCCUCCUCACCGGCAGGGGUGGGUUCCAGGAGUCCCAACCCUAGGCUUUUCCAGGGUUUCCACUCUGUCCUAAACCCUGUCUGUGCUGCUGGAGCGGGUGACAGGAAAGGGGCUCCAGCCCCCUGCUCUCCAUCAGCCUCCCUUUCCCACUGCCAUCAAUUAUUCAUCAGCCCAGACACCCGCCCUCCCUGGCAGGGCAGGCUGGUCCUCCUCCCAUGCCCCGCCCCAGCCACACUGCCACAGAGGCCCUGGUGAGGAAGGACAGCCAGCCAGGCUGUGGAUACCUAACUGACAAGCUGGGUGGCUAGCUCUGCCGGACUCUGCCUGGGGUCACAUCGCCUUCCCCUCUGGCACCUUCCCGCUUCCUCCUGCCAAUCCCUGGCACCAGGAAGCCCCUGGAGAAAAUGCCCAUUCGGAUCUUCUGCUCUGUGUCAUUCUCCUCUGGAGAGGAGGCCCCAGGGCCCUUGGGAGAUAUUUGGGGUCCCCACCACCAUCAGCAGCAGCAGGACAUCUCAGAAUCAGAAGAGGAGGAAGAAGAGAAGGAAAAGGAGGCAGUGAGGAAGGAGACCAGCAAGAGGCAUUCACCCAUGGACUUGGUGGCCUUUGCCAACAGCUGCACCCUCCACGGCACCAACCACAUUUUUGUGGAGGGGGGUCCAGGACCAAGGCAGGCGCUGUGGGCGGUGGCCUUUGUCCUGGCACUGGGUGCCUUCCUGUGCCAGGUAGGGGACCGCGUUGCUUAUUACCUCAGCUACCCACACGUGACCCUGCUAAACGAAGUGGCCACCACGGAGCUGGCCUUCCCGGCGGUCACCCUCUGCAACACUAAUGCCGUGCGGCUGUCCCAGCUCAGCUACCCUGACUUGCUUUAUCUGGCCCCCAUGCUGGGACUGGAUGAAAGUGAUGACCCUGGGGUGCCCCUUGCUCCACCGGGCCCUGAGGCCUUCUCUGGGGAGCCCUUUAACCUGCACCGCUUCUACAAUCGCUCCUGCCACCGGCUGGAGGACAUGCUGCUCUAUUGCUCCUACCAAGGGGGGCCCUGUGGCCCUCACAACUUCUCAGUGGUCUUCACACGCUAUGGAAAGUGCUACACGUUCAACUCAGGCCGAGAUGGGCGGCCGCGGCUGAAGACCGUGAAGGGUGGGACAGGCAAUGGGCUGGAAAUCAUGCUGGACAUCCAGCAGGACGAGUACCUGCCUGUGUGGGGGGAGACUGACGAGACGUCCUUCGAAGCAGGCAUCAAAGUGCAGAUCCAUAGUCAGGAUGAACCUCCUUUCAUCGACCAGCUGGGCUUUGGCGUGGCCCCAGGCUUCCAGACCUUUGUGGCCUGCCAGGAGCAGCGGCUCAUCUACCUGCCCCCGCCCUGGGGCACCUGCAAAGCUGUUACCAUGGACUCGGAUUUGGAUUUCUUCGACUCCUACAGCAUCACCGCCUGCCGCAUCGACUGUGAGACGCGCUACCUGGUGGAGAACUGCAACUGCCGCAUGGUGCACAUGCCAGGGGAUGCCCCAUACUGUACUCCAGAGCAGUACAAGGAGUGUGCAGAUCCUGCUCUGGACUUCCUGGUGGAGAAGGACCAGGAGUACUGCGUGUGUGAAAUGCCUUGCAACCUGACCCGCUAUGGCAAGGAGCUGUCCAUGGUCAAGAUCCCCAGCAAAGCCUCAGCCAAGUACCUGGCCAAGAAGUUCAACAAAUCUGAGCAAUACAUAGGGGAGAACAUCCUGGUGCUCGACAUUUUCUUUGAAGUCCUCAACUAUGAGACCAUUGAACAGAAGAAGGCCUAUGAGAUUGCAGGGCUCCUGGGUGACAUCGGGGGCCAGAUGGGGCUGUUCAUCGGCGCCAGCAUCCUCACGGUGCUGGAGCUCUUUGACUACGCCUACGAGGUCAUUAAGCACAAGCUGUGCCGACGAGGAAAGUGCCAGAAGGAGGCCAAAAGGAGCAGUGCGGACAAGGGCGUGGCCCUCAGCCUGGACGACGUCAAAAGACACAACCCGUGCGAGAGCCUCCGGGGCCACCCUGCCGGGAUGACAUACGCUGCCAACAUCCUACCUCACCAUCCGGCCCGAGGCACGUUCGAGGACUUUACCUGCUGAGCCCCGCAGGCCGCUGAACCAAAGGCCUAGAUGGGGAGGACUAGGAGAGCGAGGGGGCCCCCAGCUGCCUCCUCACAUCUGCCCUGGGGACUCCCCACACUCCGGGGCAGAUCUUUCCUCUUGUCUGUGGUAAGGAAGGAGUCUUGACCAUAGAGUCCUCUCCCUGCCUCUAUCCCAUUCUUUUUACGUUUAACAAAACUAAUCUAAGAAAGAACUAAAAAGGGAGAACGGGGCAAGGGACCUCAGGCUGCCCCUCUCUCCAUGCUGCCUCCCCUAGCUCCCAGCCUGAAUUCUGUCUUGUCUAGCUGUCUGUCAUCUGAGUGUCCACCUACAUUCUGCUGCCACCAGUCACCAAAGGCCCUUCCCAGUGAGGGGUGGAAGGGAUCCCUGGGGUCUGGAAUUUGGCCCCAAACCAGAGAAUGUACCUUAAGGGGGAGGGCUAGUGUGGGGGAGGGAGGCUUCCCCAGCCUUAAGAGACCCUCUCAGCCCAGUGACUGUCCCCAAACCCAAGUCUCCUGGCAGGAACUAAAACCUCUGCCCCACUCUUUCACACCAUGUGGAAUCUCGUGGGGGUUGGGGAUCCCCUUAAGAAGUGGUAAUGGGGUCAAGAUGCGGCCCUGGUGCUGUAGGCGACAUCCUGAUACCUAUAAGUUCACCCCCACCCCACAGCUGCUGGAGAGAAAUCCCAAGAGGCAGCCCUCCCUCACCAUCCCACAAAAGACCUGGCUGGUUAACAUCCAGCUCAGGGAGAAGGGCACUGGUGCCUAACCUCACUAGUCCCUCUCCCGGAGGCCCUUGUAGAGGGCCACGUCCAUAAAUUUUCUUAUGGAACUCUCCCACAUCCUCUUCUCCAACUUCAUUUGCUUCUCUCAACAACCUCAUCUGCACUUUCUAUUUCUAUAUGAUACAGACUCUAUAUUGCUAUAUCUCUGUAUAUACUUUCCCCAGCCCUGUCUGUCUCCACCCCAUCCCCUCUUGUCUCUGAGAACCAUUCUCCCACCCCAAGUUCCACCUUCUAUGUUUCUGCCCCCUCCCUGGUCUCUGAAUGCCUUCGCCUGUAUAAAGAGUUGGACUCUCUCCCCUGGUGUCUGUACUGUGUACACACAUCCCUCUGAGAAGCACAAGGAGACGACACGCGCAUUGUAACCUUUGCACUGUCUCAGUGGCGACAAAGGAAGCUGUGAAUCACAAGCUCUGCCUCUUUCUGGCCUCACCCUCUCCCCCAACCCGGGCACCCUCGACCCUCCCUGCAGCCUUAACAUUCUCUUCCCCUGCUCCUCCUAUCCCAUUGCCCUUUGCCCAGCUGACAGUAGCAUCCCCAGGGAAGGGGUUGUUGUAGAGAUAGCCCCCACCCAGGGGAUGGAGGUCUGCCCUGGACACUAAGCCAAGUGUGUCAGAGACAGAAGGGAGCUGGGGAUUGGUGACUCCUAAAGCUGGGGCAGUGGGAUGCUAACAGGCAGAAGCUGAGGUCCUCAGUCAGUGGCCUUUCCUCCUUCUGGGUGCCCAGCCCCCUUUCCUCACCUGAUACCCAAGCCCACCACUUUUAUUUUCUGGUGAGGUGGGUUUGGUAGGAAAGAGAGGCCUAGAGGAGGAGUUGAAAGCUCUGCUGUUGUCCCUCCCUAUCUUAAUGAGAGACAAGUGAGGUGGAGGGCCUGCCCCCUCCCUCCACCAGACACUCCUUCCAGGCCUAAGCCCCAACCCCUCUCCAGGCCUUCCUUCCCCAGCUGUGUCUUGGUCUUCAAUCCCAGAACAGGACCUGUGAGCAGGUCACCUGUGCAUUGGCCUGGAGCUGGAGAGUAAGGCUAUAGGAUCUUUGGAAUCUCUUGGUUCCUGGGAGUUCCUCAGAGAUCAUACCUCCCCAGAGGGAAGCAGGAAUGAGGCCAAAAAGUGUGCAUUGGAUAGGGGAACAGCAGGCAGGGCUUUGGGUGACGCAUGCCUCUGGUCUAAUAAACUGGGUUUCAACCAUCUCCUCUUCA